CCGGGCUGCCUCCCGGACUGGCACAUGCUGUCCCUGUUCGGCAUCGGAGCGGUGCUCAUGCGCGGAGCCGGCUGCACGAUCAAUGACAUGUGGGAUCGCGACUAUGACAAAAAGGUUGCAAGGACAGCAAGUAGGCCCCUGGCAGCUGGAGAUAUCUCCACUUUUCAGUCCUUUGUUUUUCUUGGGGGACAGCUUAGCUUGGCGCUUUGUGUGCUUCUGUGUCUGAAUUACUAUAGUAUUGUUCUGGGGGCAGCCUCUUUGUCUCUUGUCAUCACCUACCCUCUGAUGAAGAGAGUAACGUAUUGGCCACAGUUAGUUUUGGGACUUACAUUUAAUUGGGGAGCCCUUCUUGGCUGGUCUGCCAUCAAAGGGUCAUGUGAGUGGUCUGUGUGUUUGCCCUUGUACUUAGCUGGAGUAACGUGGACUCUGGUAUACGAUACCAUUUACGCACAUCAGGAUAAGAGGGAUGACAUCAUUAUCGGUGUGAAGUCAACAGCAUUACAGUUCAAGGAGGAUACGAAGCAGUGGCUCAGUGGCUUCAGCCUUGCAAUGCUCCUGAGUUUGUGCGUGGCAGGAAUGAAUUGUAACCAGACGUUCCCGUAUUAUUCAGCUGUGGCUGCCAUAGGGGCUCACCUAGCACACCAGGUUUAUACUUUGGACAUAGACAAACCUGAAGACUGCUGGAAGAAAUUUGCUUCAAAUCGUACUGUAGGGGUUCUGCUCUUUGUAGGGAUUGUACUUGGAAAUCUGUGGAAACAAAAAGACUCCAAAAAGGUAGAAGAACCUUUAGAAAACAGGUAGUUGAAAUUACUAUAAAUACUGAUAUUUUAGUCCAUCUAAAGUGUAAGUACAGUAAGAAGGAAAAUACUU